AUGGUUUCAACUAGAGUCGCUAUCCUAACUGUCAGCGAUACCGCGUCGACCGACGCGACUGCAGACAAAUCAGGACCAACUAUCAGAGACAUCGUCUCGGGACAUGCCUGCGUAGUGCAGAGCAGCACUAUCGUCCCAGAUGACAAGGACAAAAUAGCAGAGGUCGUGAAGGGGUGGUGCGCAUCGGGCAAGGUGGAUUGGAUUAUUACGACAGGCGGAACGGGGUUUGGAGUGAGAGAUGUUACUCCGGAGGCCGUAGGACCUCUAAUUGAACGUCCUGCACCAGGACUCGUCCACUUGAUGCUUGCGACUUCUCUGAAACAUACGGCUAUGGCAGCCCUCUCGCGUCCAGUUGCAGGAACGAUCGGCAAUACACUUAUCACAACGCUUCCCGGGAGUGUCAGGGCCGUCAAGGAAAAUCUUGAUGCGCUUUUCCAAUCGGGAGUCGUCUUCCAUGCAAUUGAACUGGUCCAAGGAGACUCUGGGAAGCGUGUUCACACAGAGCUCCAGGCUGCUGGCCUUAGCUCGGCUCCAUCUCAUUCCAGCCACCAACAUACGCAUCACCACCUCGGCCACCAUCAUGACCAUGGAAACCAUGCAGGACAUUAUGCACCGAACCCAAGGUCUGAAGCCGCCUUGUCUCAUGACCCAUCUGCUCCUGUGUCAGCUCGUCAUAGAAAAUCACCUUUCCCUCAAAUCUCGUUGGAGAAUGCUCUCGCGAUCAUCAAGGAUAAAGUGGAGCGUUUGCCUACCGAGACGUUGCCUGUCGGCUACAAGCUUGGAGGUUACAUUCUCGCAGAAGACGUGUAUGCACCACAGGACGUGCCUUCGACUGCCACCACGAGCGUUGAUGGGUACGCACUUCGAUCGACCGAUCCUCCUGGAAUCUACAAUGUCCUGACCUCACAAACUCACCCCUUGAACGAUCCUGUUCCGACUGGUUCGAUCUACCGCAUCAACACUGGUGGCCCACUUCCAAAAGGCACCGAUACCGUCAUUAUGGUAGAAGAUACACAACUCGUAUCCACCUUUAAGGAUGGAACGGGUAUUGAAGACGAAGAAAAGGAAGUGAAGACCCUUGUUCAAGUACCUCCUUCGGACAACGUCCGCGCACCAGGAUCAGAUGUUCGCACAGGCGACCUAGUGAUGCGUACUGGAGAUCGGGUGACGAGAGGUGGAGGAGAAGUUGGCACAUUGACCUUCGUGGGUCGGAAAGAGGUCAAGGUUUUCAAAAAGCCCGUGGUCGCAAUGCUGAGCACUGGAAACGAGAUUGUUGAUUUGCACAAUGCUGGAAGCAGUCAAACGUCUGGACACGACGGAUGGGGCGGUAUAUAUGACACUAACCGACCAUCGCUGCGAGCUGUUCUGGAAAGCCUGGGAUACGAGGUUCUUGAUCUGGGAAUUGUGCCCGACGAUAUUUCUGCUCAUCUGACAGCGAUCAAUAGAGGACUUGCGAAUGCCGACCUCCUUCUAACAACUGGAGGCACAUCGAUGGGCCCCACGGAUCUUCUCAAGCCUCUCAUCGAACGAUAUCUCAAUGGCACUAUCCACUUCGGCAGGGUCAGCGUCAAACCAGGGAAGCCGACUACCUUCGCCAGCGUGCCUGUUUCGGAAGGUGGUCGAACGAUCCACAAACCGGUCUUUGCCCUUCCCGGGAACCCUGCCUCUGCCCUAGUCACCUUCUAUGUCUUCGUUGUUCCAGCUUUGAGGCAGAUGGGUGGAUGGCCCGAGAAGAUGUGUCAUUUACCAAAGGUUGUUGUGCAGGUCCAAAAUCCCUUACCUCUGGACCCUCGCGUUGAAUUUCAUCGAGUCGUCAUUCAGAGCAAUAUCAGUAUUGGUGACGCACCUGCAGCACCCCAAAUCUUGUUGAAAGCCUACAGUACGGGUGGGCAGAGAUCAAGUCGCGCCGCGAGCCUAUGUGAAGCCAACGGUCUGGUGGUUUUGCCUCCGCUCAUUCCCUCUGACGGACAGCCGCACAAUGAGAAGAGAAAGACAAGGCUGGAGGUUGGCGAAUUUGCCGAAGCAAUCCUCAUUGGAGAAAUCGUGACGGCAUGA